UUAAAGGAGAGCAUGUGAAAUAUCAAUUUCCCUGGAUGACAUCUUAGCCAUUAUGGGUUGUUUUUGUUUGUUUGCAUUCAAGUAUUUGUUACUCCACAUUCCCUCAAACACACACAACAUGGAACUUCCACUCCUACCACUCCUUGCACUAAGCUUCUCUCUCACCAUUCUCUUCGGAUGGGUUUCUGCUGAUUUUCUAUCCCUCAAACACCAUUCAACUUCUUCAUUUCCACCGAACUUUCUUUUCGGAACUGCAUCUUCUUCGUAUCAGAUUGAAGGAGCUUACUUGGCUGAUGGAAAGGGGCUAAAUAACUGGGAUGUUUUCACUCACAAGCCAGGAACAAUAACUGAUGGAAGUAACGGCGAUGUUGCUGAUGAUCAUUACCAUCGUUAUAAGGAAGAUGUGGAUCUUAUGGAAGGCAUUGGAAUCAACAGUUAUCGCUUCUCAAUAUCAUGGGCCAGAAUUCUGCCCAAGGGGAGAUUCGGCAAAGUGAAUUGGGCUGGCAUUGAUUACUAUAACAGUCUCAUUGACACACUUCUCUCCAGAGGAAUAGAACCUUUUGUCACAAUAUCACAUUAUGAUAUUCCUCAAGAACUUCAGGAAAGAUACAAAGGUUGGCUAAGUCGUGAGAUUGAGAAGGAUUUCAAGUAUUAUGCAGACAUAUGCUUCAAGAACUUCGGUGACAGAGUGAAAUACUGGAUCACAUUUAAUGAACCAAAUGUUGCAUUUAUUUGUGGCUAUAGAAAAGGGUUAUGGCCUCCUGGUCGUUGUUCCGGUUCAUUUGGGAAUUGCACCAGUGGUGGGGACUCAGAAAGGGAACCUUUCAUUGCAGGUUCUAACCUUCUUUUAUCCCAUGCCACUGCUGUUCAUCUCUACAGAACCAAAUAUCAGAAAAAUCAAGGAGGGAGAAUUGGAGUUGCCAUGAAUACUAAAUGGUUUGAACCCUUCACCAACUCCUCAGAAGACAAGAAAGCUGCGGAGCGAGCUCAAUCAUUUUACAUGAACUGGUUUCUGGACCCAAUUAUCCUAGGGGAGUAUCCAAGGGAAAUGCGUGAAAUAUUGGGAGAAGACCUUCCACCAGUUCCAGAAAGCCUAAAAAGAAUGAAACCUGCAAUAGAUUUCAUUGGAGUAAACCACUAUACUAGUUACUUUGUAAAGGACUGCAUCCACUCAGUGUGUGAACCGGGAGAAGGGUCUACAAGGACAGAAGGUUUUGCUCUCACAUCGGCCAAAAUGAAUGGCCUUAGCAUUGGAGAACCGACUCAACUUGAGUGGUUGUAUGUUUACCCACAAGGCAUAGAGAAGAUUGUGACUUACAUUAAGGAGAGGUACAACAAUAUACCAAUGUUCAUUACUGAAAAUGGAGUUGGGAUGAAAGAGAACUCCAACCUCACCACUAAAGAAAUGAUCAAUGACCUGGAAAGAGUGGAGUACUUGCGUGCUUACUUGGAUUCCUUGGCCACAGCAAUAAGGAAAGGAGCAGACGUGAGAGGGUACUUUUUGUGGUCUUUUCUUGACAACUUUGAGUGGACUCAUGGAUCCUCUAUAAGGUUUGGACUUCAUCGUGUGGACUAUGACACUCUUGACAGGACUCCAAGAAUGUCUGCUUCUUGGUACAAAGAUUUCAUUGCUCUUCAUGCCACGAAACCUUCACAUACUCAAGAAUGACAAAGAAUCAAUGGAAUGGUGAGUCAAGAAAUUAAUGGGCUGAAGAAGUUAAAGUGUGUAUAUUGUAAUUGUUUUCUUUAGACUUUUGGCCUUCAAUCUACUGUAAUCUUGUCCAAUAAAUAAAUAAA